UAAAUGGUAUAGCGCCAAUGGUAAUCAUUCAUCAUCAUGAUCUCAGUUAUCGACAUCGUCCUGUUAUCUGUGGGUAAUCGCGGGUAAUAGGAUACCCACGGACAUUGCUGCGAGUGACAUUGUGAUUUUACAACUCGUGCGUGACUAUUGCUGUCUCCAGAAUAACGACAUUGCGGGCGAUGCUCCAAAGUACUGUGUGAUUAAUAGGAGUUGCGGAUAAGAGGGCUGCAUAUAAGAGGAUGUAUACUGUGUGUAGAGCUGUUAUGUACUGCAUGCAGUGUUUUUGUUUGUUUAUAUAUGUGUGUUGAGGAACGAUGCCGGGUGGUGUAAGGGUUGGCACAAUGGCCUUGCAAUCCAAAGGUCGCUGGGUUCGAUCUACCGGCACAGCAGCUGAAUCAAUUGGGGUCACGUUUCCUAAAUGUCCCCGACCGUUACCCACUCAGCACUCGGAACAUCCCCCACGCUGUGUUCUAUAUAAAUUGUAUCUCUUGUUUCCAAACAGGUCGGAGACCCAGGCUCUGUGGCAUGUCUUACACCACAGUCCUGAACGUUGCAGUGAUUUUCAGUGCGGCCUGGCAAGGAACCUUCUGCCUGCCGCUGUCUGGGAGACUCCAGCUGUCCAGCAAUCCCGUGCGUGCCGGGGGCAGCCUCUGGGCCCAUUGCGCGGUGGAAAUGUGCCCAAACAACUGCCUCAAUCACGACUUCUACAUUCGCCUCGACGGAUUAAGGCUGCAGCCCAGCCAAUCCCCCGCCACCACCACUGCCGAGCUCACCUCCAGCAAUACGACAACAAACUACGUCACCACCACUGCCACCAUAAACACAAACGGCUCCACAAGGAUUUCCUCCAGAGGCACCACCACCACGACGACCCCUGAUGGUCGUGCGGCUGUCUCGGGGAGGGAAUGUCACGUUCUGUCGGCUAAUGUGACGGUGGGGUCGGUGAAGCCGCCGCAGGGCCUCGUGCAGUGUGUGGUGCACUGCGACUUACAAGGCUCCGUGGUUGUGGACGAGGCCACAGUCCGCGUGGGCUAUAUCCCGGACGCCCCGUCGCAGCCGCGGUGUGAGGUCCGCGGGGGAGAGAUGGGCGCGCUGUCGUGCAGCUGGAAGCUGGGACAUGACUCGCUGCUCAAGACCGACUCCCAGCUGUGCUACCAAGAGGUUGGCAAAGACAAAAUCAAGAUGUGCGAACGCGUGGAGGGAGCACAAACUGUUGACCUCCCCGGAUCCAAGUUAGAUUUCCACAGACACUGGGAGUUGUGGGUGGAAGUUCAUAACGCGCUUGGACAAUCGCGCUCGCCCCCAUUCUCUUUGAUGCCCAACGACUUCGUUACAAUUGAGCCGCCAGCUCUACAGAUUGUGAAGUACACUCACAUCGCCGACCACAUCAGCGUCAAGUGGACAGCACAGACGGGCAUAAGCAUCGAAUACAAAUGUGAUCUGCGUCUGGCUUACGGCAAUGAAGAGGCCUGGAGAACGGUGUUCAACAGGAGCUUGCGGUCACAAAUAUGGGACAUUCACGGCCUCGCGCCGGAUACCGCCUACUGCGUGCGCAUACGCUGCUCGCAGCCAGUGGCUAAGGCGCCGAAGGGGACCUGGGGACAAAGGAAGUGCUUCUCUACGCCGCCAGCUCAACCAUUGGUUGGCCCAGAGGUGUGGAAGAUCCUCAGCCCAGGCCCCUCGGAUGAAGUCUUCAACCUCACCCUGCUGUGGAAGCCUCUGAGUGCCAAGGAGGCGCGGGGCCCAGUGACAUCGUACCACGUGAUGGACCGAGUGAACGGGGAGACCCAAGCAAAGGUGGUGCAACAUGGGCUGGAGUCGCAGCCUCUGUACUCACUACAGCUGGGAAAGGUGCAGGUCCCUUCAGAGUGGUGCGUGCAAGCGAACAACCUGGCCGGGUCGUCACCCUGCAGUUGGCUACGCCUGUCCGCCCGAGUGCUGCCUGCGCCCUUCAACGUAGAGGCCCACGAAGACAAGGGCAGUGGCGGUGGUGGCAUGGCCGUGAGAUGGGCCCCGCCAAAGCCACGUGGCCAUGAGAGGCGACGCGCGGUGGAGGGAUACGUGGUGGAGUGGGUCGUCGCUGACGACGAUCAGACGACUCCGUCCAUGCAUUGGCACUGCGUCCCCGCCAACACCACCCAUGUGGUCCUCUCCGAACACAUGAAGCCUCUUAUUUGCUACAACAUCUCUGUGGUCGCCAUCUACGAGACGGGAGAAGGAAAGUCAGGCGUGGUGCAGGCCUACGCUCAGCAGGGCGUUCCCAACGUGGGACCCAAAGUCUCCGUCGCCAACAUCGCGCUCUCGUCCGUCGACGUCAAUUGGACGGAGAUCCCAACCAAAGAGAGGAGAGGUUUUAUCACCGGCCACGUUAUAUACUGGGGCCAAGGUCCCGACGCGAGUCACAGAGUUCUGAUCCGUGGGAGCGCUUGUGCCUACACAUUGAAGAACCUCUCUGCCAGCGUGGAAUACUCGGUGAUGGUGGCGGCCAUGACAGAGGUCGGUGAGGGACCACCAGGUGCCAAGACCCACUUCAGGAUGCAAGGAGUUCUGGGGUGCAAAGGUGGUCCCGUGGAGCAGGAUAGUCUCUGCAGCAACGCCACGCACGAGGUGAGAAAACGCAAACUUCGCAAGGCCGAUGUCGGUGACGUGAGACGAGCGCCGUAAAUGGCUGCGCUUUAACAAAACCCGACAAUGGGGAUCUCGGUUGGGAAGCCUCGGUGGCUCGCCGUGCGCCACGCUUGACCACGCUCCCCCCCCGUUAAGCGCAAGGGGACAGCAAGGGAGCCGCGCAGGGCGGCUCGAGACGUUCCUAGCGCUACUCUCAGGAUCGUCGAUAAAAGUUACCUUUGGUCUGGUCGUUGGCGUUGAUACGGCAUCUCGUGACUCCUAAACGAGGUCUGGUGUGAAUUCCUUCAUCGUGCAGCGACAAUUCCUGAAUACUCCGUGAAGGUAUUUCUCUGAUUUGUAUUAAAUUAAUUGUUGGUAACAGUAAUAUGCUACGGCUGCAAUUAACGGUAUCAGUGAUGACCUCAUUUACAUCUUGAUGUAAUUCCGUCAAUCGGAGCCGAGGAAAAGUGCACUCUGUCUGUUUGUGCGCUUCUGCGCUUACUGGAUGUUGGCACAACCCUCUGGUUUUCUGUAGGAGGAGUCCGUCAUCGCAACACAACUUUACACUCGAGUUUAGUUCAUAUCGAGUGAUAGUGGACCCCAUGUUACAGACAUAGCUAAUGCCUUGAUACCCUUAACCUCGGUUGGAAAGCGUUGCAGUUUACGAUAAUGACUACAAGAACGAAUAUAGAAUAGUCAUAAUUACAAUUGCAAAUUUACGAGAGGAAUACUUCCUUCAGCAUUUCACUACAGAAACACUGUCAUUUGCUUAUCACAGCAAUAACAGCAGUCGUGACAUCUCUAGCAAUGGAUUACGAUUGUAAUUACUAUACCGUAAUUACAGUUUACCACAGUUAUAAUUGCCCGAGACCAAUUGGCUUGGAAAAUAUCACGUGAUUUCGUCACAGUGCUUGGAUGGGUGACCCGCAUGUACAAAAGAGAGGUGCAUUGUGGACAGUAGAGGACAGUGCAGAAAAUCCACCUUCAACCCACACUGACCAAUAUGGUGAAGUAUGGUCAAAUAACUCUUGACGACCCACGUGGCGUUGGGGGGAAUGUCCCCAUCCAGCAGUGGAUUGACAAACGGGCUGUACUUUACAGAGCAGUAAUUACACGGCCCAGCUGCAAAGCGUUCGCUGCUCGAUGCAGAGGUUCAAGGAUCGAGUCCAGCGGCCGCCCUGGUUAAUACCGCGGUGUGGAAUAACCGUCAAAAGAUCCCCUGACGUAAUUUUCGAGCUUAGACCGUUAUGUGCCGGCAAUUAUCUGGCUUGACCACCUGAAUGUCAAAUUGUAGUUGUUGCUCUGCAUCUACAUCAGCCAUAGGAAAAAAUAACGGUUCAAAUUGAUAAAUUUUAAAAUGACACCGCAAAUUACUCAAUUCGGAUUUGACAUAGCGUUCAGCGCACCCUUCUGGCAGACUAAUGCCCCAGGUCAGUCUUGCAAAUGAGACUCAUCCUGGUCUCUUGAGUUCUUAACUGGCUCAGAAAAAUAAUCUUAAAACUGUAAUUCGUUGCUGGUCCAUCGCCAUCAGCGUACACACAUGCAAUCAUGGUAUCGUGAAUUGCCCUUAAUGUGCACGUCUAUUUGGAGACUUUUAAGAUAAAGCUGUAAACAUUUGAUCGUUUAGAACAUCCCCAUAGUGUGGUACGUGUGGCUACGGACGAGAUAUGGACACGGGGUAGGGUUCCCACCUUCCUGGGGUCAUAUCUCCUGGAUUUUACCUGGACAGUCUAGGGAAUGGGCAUCUGUGGUCCGGGUGGCAGGAAUCGAUUUGUGCCGAUAACCGGUACCAGUGUGGUGGUAAACUUUUAUGACAGAGAUCACAGUGUUGAUAGAUUUAGGCUGACUGAAAAAUGUCUGCAGUGGAACAGGUGGCAGCCCCAAUACAGAGACAUAUAUACAUCCAUAUGACUAAAACGGUUAGUUAUCUCCGAUAAGAGGCAAUACAAAAAAACACAAUACAUCAGUACACGGUGUGAUAACUUGGGCAAUCUUGUGAGGUUCCGGGACUGUAAUCGCAAAAAGAUCUGCUCGUAACUGAUGUCAGCCCCGUGCACACCAACACACGCCUCGCACGCACAACGUGACAGGGAGGAAAGAUCACGAGGGUAAGCACAGCUCCCGUAACGCUCUACAACACCCGCUUGUUCCCGGAAGUAUUUAAUAAGCAGUAAUAACGUUACGUUUCAAGCCGCACAACAAGCUGUUACGCGAGGUGAGAUGACGCGUGAAUGACGUUCGAUGCCGCUGUAGGGACGUCGCACGGAAUUACUUUUGGCUCUUGGGCGUAACUGGAGGCAGUUACGUCCAAGAACCAAUGUGGGUAUCCACGCCGCAGCUUCUGCUCCCCGCUCUUUGAAAGCCAGGGGUUGUGACUCACGGGUUGAGAGCCACACGCCUGUACAAGGAAGGUAUCAUCACGAUCCAUGGGCAGAUAGCCCGUAGGUGUCCACUGCACAUUUUUUUCAUUUGUUUCUACUUUCCUCCGUCUUGUGCCAAUAUGCUCAAGUGGUGCCACAUCUUUCCGACACCAAUCUCUGAUGUCGUCUUCAAGCUAUUCUCUGUUAGGUCUUCCUCUCUUUCCGGUUCCUUCCAUUUUUCCGCACGCACUCUAAAUGUUCCUGUUGUUGUCCAUCCUACGUACGUGUCCAAAUAGUGCCAGUUUUUUUCUCAUCACUCCCUGCAUCAUCAGGUCUUCAUCUAUGCGCAACCUUUUGUUCAAGUACGGUAUGCAGAAACCAAAAUUAGAGGUGAACGUUGAGAAAAGGAAACUGAAAAUUCGAGUGGCCUGGCCGCCCGUACUCUGGGUCUCGUGCGUGAACGGGAUCGUAAGGGCGGCGUCCCUCGCGAGCUGGAUGUACAGGGAAACGAAAAGGCCUCGAACGGGGUCCGGAGGAGGGAUGCUUUUGGUGCGUGUGGGAAUCGUGGUCGCGUACAGAAGAAGAAGAAGACGACUGCCACAAUGCGGCACUCGGGACGGGGACGCGCGCGUGCUCGCGGGGACGCCGAGGCGUCGCUCGCCGUGUGCGCCGCGUACAGUCGCGUGCUGCGCAAGGACGGGCGCGCCCUCGAGCAAAUUCGCCUGCGCCUGGAGCUCAAGCAGACGACGUCGUCUGUUGGGCAGGUCAGCUUGAAGGCAGCGCGCACGCACAACGCUACAAGGAUACGUGCGGAACGUUCCCUUUCCACAAAUGUUUAAAGUUGUUAUUCAUGGCGAAGUUUCGCCCGGACAAUGCCUUGUCAUGGAAUGUCUUGUUGACAACGGCGUCCGCGUGUCAGCUGACAUGCGCCUGAUCAAUUCUGGUGAAAAGCAUGCCAUUGGCACUUAAAGGGGCAACCAAAACACGCAGAUAUUAUUUUGUUAACGGAUACAUUUCUUGACAUAUAAUUAUCAGAACGAAUUCGUGCUGUUGUAACAGAUUGCAUUUAUUUCCAGAGGAAGAUAA